CCAUGUUUAGCUUGAAACCAAUACAGGCAUGUGUGGAACUUGAGACACUCGGGGACGCAAUGGCCAGCGUGUUCAUCUGGAGACCGAGCGUUGUAAGACACGGCGUGGAAAUCACGACCCGCAGAGAGCAAGAAGAUCAACAUGCAAAGUGUUGUUUUGCCGAGCCCAAUGACUACGUGUUGACAGCGUUCAUGAUACAGCGGGUCUUUUCAGCAUUCUCUGCGGUCCGGUAAAGGAGGACGGGGAUCAUCAAGAAACAUGUUCUUCGUGGCCGGGGCCAGGAACACAGCGUCAGGCGGCGGGGAUGAAAGGCGAUCGAUUUAUAAGAAAUUCCGCGAGGUAGACAUACUGGACAAAAAGAAGACGGUGACGGCUCUCAAGCCUGGCGAAGAUCGAGCUAUUUUCCUGGGUCUUGGAAUGAUCCUGUCUUCUGUCAUGAUGUACUUUGUGCUUGGGAUCACCAUAUUACGUUCGUACGCGGAAAGUGUGUGGACAGAGGAAGGUGUGUGUGUUGUGCUCAACUCCACGGUCACAGCAGACAUGAACUGUUCCUACAACUGUGGCUCAGACUGCUGGAGAGUCUCCAAAUACCCCUGUUUGCAAGUCUACGUGAACGUCAAUAACACGGGCCGCGUCAGUCGAUUGUCUCACAAUGAGGAGACGCAGGAUGCCAGCUCUGAAUGUUUCUAUGUGCCCAGGUGCCAGAAGGACAGCGCUCAAAUGCACGCCAUGAUCGUGAACAUCUCCGAGCGCCUGAAGGCCAACCAGCAAGUCCCGUGCUACUACGACCCCAGCGAGCAGCAGGAGACGGUUCUCCUGACUCGGCUCUACGACCACAGCGUCGUCUUCCACUCGCUGAUGUGGCCCUCGUGUAUGUUUGUGGUAGGGGCCCUCAUAAUCGUCAUGGUCAAGCUCACGCAGUACCUCUCCAGGCUGUGCGAAGAAAUCGGGAAGAUCAAGAGGUGAAGCCAUUGUACAAAAGCCAGCAGACAUGAACCAAUGGACCAUUCUGCGGAUUGUUGCAUUCGAC